UCUAAUCAAACAUUCCUUAUUGGUAGGCAUUGGAGGAGUUUCAUUGAUAUAUACGUUUUCAUAUAGAAUAUUGGCUUGUCUUGGGUGAUUGGGUGUGGAAGGUACACAUUAAUAUAACCAUUGCCUUGGAAUUUGGGUCUCACCGUCGCUUUAACAGGUGGCCGUACUGGAGAUGUUAGAGAAGCUGUUGCUCUUCUCGUCAUCGUUGAUAGGGAGAUUGGGGAGGAAUUUGGAUUUUGAUGCUUGUUAGUUAUGUCUGCAAUUGGGGGCUUAUUACGCAGGAAAAUAUGUUUACAUGCUGGCGUACCCAGAUGAUAGCUUUAUGAACCAUUUGUACCCCAUGAUCAAUUUUGAAGGAACUAGAUAUUUCAACAACUCAUGCCUGAGAAUAUUGUCUAGAGUCCAUUAGCAGGAUUUGGUUUAUCGAUCGAUUUAUUGAUGGCGCCAGAAUAUGGGAUUUCCCCUAAAGGAUGUUCAGAAAUUGCUACUACCAAUGAGACUAUUUUCCAGUGCCAAGCACCGGCACCAAGAACAUCUAGUGAGGAUAAUGGACAUACAAUCUCCUUCUGAAUGAAGGAGGUAGAGGAGUUCAAAACAAUUUAAGAGACUAACAGUCCUUGGCAUCUACUGGGUGGAUAGUAUGUCUAUCUUACGGCCCUUAGAAGUUUCUGGUAGCUCAAACAGUGAAGGCUUUCUUUAUGUUGGGCGAAGCAACACAGGUGGAACACCCGCAUUGGCAAACUCAGCAAACUUGACAAGAUUAUACUGUAAACCAGAACUCAGUAGCACUGCUUCACAUCCUUGUGGUCAAAUUGAUUCACCAACCUCGGAUAUUCAUUUCCAAACAAAUGAUUUGCUCCCCAAGAGGUCACUAUCUGAUACAGAAAGGCAGGCUAUACGUAGGGUGGUGAGACAAAAGAAUCAUAAUUUGCCAGUGUUACCUUUGCCCUCUCUGGAUUCUGUUUUGCUAUCUGAAUUUUCAGAUUCUCUCCCUCAGUGUGUGUGGUUAUUCCCAUCCCAUAAACAACAGCUGAGCAUUAGUCCUUCUCACAGCCAAGGCUCUGUUCAUAGCCCAACAUCAUUAUCACCAUUAAGUAUUUCAGAUUCCAAUGGUGACGAUUUUCUUAGCUUGCCAAUUCUACAAAGUGCUCCUCUCAAGAAUUCCAUGUCUCACGAGAAUUUUGCUCAAAUGCACUCUUUUUUACCAAACUUGAAAACCUCUGAUGCUCAAAAUCUGCCUUUGGGUGGUAAUGCUAAAUUGGUUGAAGACCAAGAAGGCAUACGGCACAAGCUGCAAGAAUUGGAGAGAGAGCUGCUAAGUGACAACGAUGACUCAUCUAUUGCAAGUGUCAUUAGCCCUGAACAAAGUAGUCACCUGGAUCAGGAAUGGGUUGUUGAUACCAUGCAGACCCUUCUAUCAGACAACUCUGUUCUUUCAACUCCAACCAUUUCUCAUCCUUGCAUCAAGAAGGAAAAUCCAACAAGCCAAACUUGUAGACCUCAUCAAGAAAAUCAAAAGCAGCCAUUUAUGUUGCAAAUAGAGCACAAGAUAUCACCUGUUCAGGCACAAAUUGAUCAAGGGAGUCCUCUCAAGCAUUUGGUGGAGUGUGCAACUUCCAUUUCUGAGGCAAAACCUGAACGAGCAUUGCCGAUAAUAAGAAGGUUAAGGAAAAACAGCUCAGUUGAUGGUGAUCCCAUGCAACGGCUUAUUGCAUAUAUGGUUGAAAGCCUUGUUGCACGGUCUGGUUCAUCAACACAAGGCUCAUAUAAUUCUUUGAGAUUGAAAGAGACAUCCAGCAGUGAUCAUUUGUCUGCAGCUCAAUUACUAUUUGAAGUAUGUCCAUACAUUAAUUGUGGGUUAAUGGCUGCAAAUAGUACCAUCCUUGAAGCUUUUGAAACUGAGGAGAAGGUACACAUCAUAGAUUUUGAAAUUAAGCAGGGAAGCCAAUACGUUACCCUUAUCCAUGCUCUUGCAGCAAGAACUGGUGGACCUCCCAAGGUUCGCAUGACUGUGGUGGAUGACCCCGAGUCAACCUCCCAUGCUGUUGGAAGCUUGCAUGUGGUAGAGGAAGGACUUGAAAAACUUGCAAAUGCUGUAGGUGUUAAUUUACAGUUCCACAUCAUUUUGGCAAAGACAGCAGAUGUGCAACCACUGAUGCUGGAAUGUCAACCAGAUGAGGCAGUAGCAGUAAAUUUUGCAUUCCAGCUGCAUCACAUACCUGAUGAGAGUGUCUCUACAAAGAAUCCCCGUGAUCAACUUCUAAGAAUGGUAAAAAGCUUGAAUCCUAAAGUUGUAACUAUUGUGGAAAAUGAAAUCAAUACUAAUACUUCUCCUUUCAUGCCACGUUUUAUGGAAGCACUGAACUACUAUUCAGCAGUGUUUGAAUCCCUGGAUAUUCACCUUGCAAGGGAAAGCAAAGAGCGGUUUAACAUUGAGAAGCAUUUCUUUGCACGCAACAUAGUUAAUAUUAUUGCAUGUGAGGGGGCAGAAAGAACUGAGAGGUUUGAAGUAGCAGGAAAAUGGAAGGCAAGAAUGAUGAUGGCUGGUUUUACUGUUUAUCCCCUUAGCUCAAAUGUUGACAAAUGUGUAAGGAAUUUGUAUGAAUCUUGUGGUGCCAGGUACAAGCUUAAAAGAGAAAAUGGGGCUCUACACUUUGCAUGGCAAGAUAAGGUACUUACUGUAGCAUCUGCUUGGCAUUAAGGUUGUCCAAUAAAAACACCGUGGACCAACAGUCAUUAUUUAUAAUGACUUUGAUUCAUGCUUAAUUAAGUGGAUUGCUUUGGGUGCAUUGGCAUGUCCCAAGUUUUAAAUAUGUAAGUACAUUGAGUUAGCAUUUUGCUGGUUGAAGGGAUUGGGUGUACUUAACCUCAAGAAGCAUGUGACCAAAGGACAUAAAUUUGCCAAGCUUUUAUGAUAAUUGAUAAAUUAAGUUGUAGGUUGCUUAUAAACAUCAUAAUUCUUAUAGUCCACUUGAGAAUGGUAUAAUUAAUUGAUUAUGUUUUUGUUUAACAUAAACUGGUUA